AUUCGACUACUGGUUCAGCAUAAGGCUGAUCUGUUUUCGAAACGAGCAUCAAGGUCGAGUGCGCGAUAUUUGCUUUGCGAAGACGAUCCUCUUCUCGGUCAUCUCUCCAAUUUAAUUCGCACAUUGACCCGUGGCCUAAUAAUCAGUGUAGCUGGAUCCGAUGAAGAUGGUCCCAUCCUACGAUUCAACCGUGCUUUGGCCUAUUUCAUCUACGACCUCAUUCCCCUAGUUCCUCCGAUGUUUAUUCUCACGGAGGUUUGGCAGUAUUGCAACUCGAUUGACAGUCAUCUGCAAUUUCUCGUAUCCAUGGCUACGUUGCGUUCAGAUGCAGCGGAGUUGGAGACUAUCCUCAGUUGCAAACUGGAUCUAUUAAAAAUUAUAUCUAGCCACGAGGACUAUCUUUUGUGGAACGGACUAGCUUUCCCUGAGCUCAAAAUUCGCCUGGGGUCAAUUCGUGUGGCAGAGGGAGUUCUUGUUUGUUGUUCAGAGGCGGCCAAACCACGAAGCCUGUAUUUGGCGAGCGCGGAAAACAUCACAAACAAAGUAGCCUGUCCAAUUUUCAAUCUUGUUUCCCUGCUAAUCACUGGCACCAUUGACGUGUGUAUGAACACCGAGGAAUUGCACACCAGAAUUGGCGAGCAUAAAAGAAGGAUAAACAAACCACCAAGGAAUGCAGAAGAAUACCAAACGCUGGCCAAAGACUCAGUGAUGAUGAUGCAUCCCUUAGACACGGGACAUAGAAUAGAUCUGGAGAAUGUGCAAGUUUUAAGACGGGGACUGCGAUUCACACCACAGCGGCUGAUAGCUGAGGUGGUGGAUAUUACUAGACAUCAAGGUGUGAAUAGAAUCGAGAGUGUGGAACUGGCGAUUGUAUUGAAAGCUGUCUUAGAUAACCUACCUAAAGUGCAACAGAUGGCAGUCACGUUGUUGUGUGAUCUGUUUGGGCUACACGAAGUAGACCCCCGAAUUUCUGAUCAACCGGAUGCUCGGCUAACAAGUCCAAGAAAACCGAUGCUGUGUUCGCUGUCAGAGGUUGCCACCCUCUAUUUGGAUGUGUUGGACCUCGUUGAUCAGUGGAUGGAAAGACUUAUCAUGACGUGGUCCUUUUUCGAGAUGGAACGUCCUUCAACUGUGAGUGCCGCACGACGUGCAAGCAGCACACCGAUGUUGGACAUCGGAUCCGAAAAAGAUGAUUCGAUGUCUGCUGAAAGUAGCUUCCUUAAAUCUGUGGUGCAUCGGAAGAAAAAGGACACCAUAUUUGGGGAGCGCUUCCAAUGGCCAGCGAGCAGACGUUCGAUGAUGCCCAAAAAGCCAUCGGAUUUGUCACGCUUAUCUGAAGCAAAGAAUGACUUGCCCAGUAUGAUGCUUGAAAUGAACACUUUCAAAAAAUGGCUACUAGCAUCCUUAUGGGUGUUGCGUUACUCGGAAAACUCGCUGUUUGUCCGGUGGAUAUCCGAUUUGGCACCGGACUCUCGGAACCGGCUCAUCACCAUCCUCUUCCUGGCACUAAGCACUUUCAGAAACAGAACGAACGCCAUUCCUUGUGAUACGCAGCUGGAACUCCCUGCACAUCAACGUUUGAAACCACCUGGCCAACAACACCACGGAAAACAACGCGACUUUACUGUCCGGAAGGUCCGUGGUUCGAACCCGACAUCUGCUUCUCGACUUCCCGUAUCUAGGCUCGGACAACCUGGCAAUAUCCAAGCCCUCUUGCUUCCUUCCAGUGGCAUGUUAGCUAGGCACCGGAAGGGUGUUACAGCUGAACGUUAUACUCAGAUUGGAUCAAUUUCACUUUUACUCAGACAGUCAGGCAACAAACGAUCUAUGCGGGUGCGCAGUCGAGACCCGUCUACGUGGUCGGUAUUCGGUAAUGCUCGCCUCUCGCAUUCGCCUUCUGACAGUGCACUGCUGAGCGGUUCCCACUCACAUGACCUACCGUCAAUGCAGAUCGAUCUUACCGAAGGACCACCUCCUGAACAGAAGAACGAACCAUCUGUUCCAUCGUGGUUGGUGGGCGAGGUGACACUUGCCGUAACGGCAAUACUAGAUCACAUUAUAUCGGGUCUUUGGGAUAUGGACGCUGACUGUGGUCAGCCGGGCAUUUCUCUGCUUCACACAACAAGUUCUACUUUUGACGGCGUCAUUCCCUACCGUCGGAAGAAGGGCAACGUGGGCACAGCCUCACUACUGGACACCCUGUUACGCGUCCUGUUAUAUGGCUUGAGUUUGGAACAAAGCGAUUUGGCUUCAAGCCGUCUGUUGUCCAGCUUGAGCUUUGUGAUUGGAAAAUUCCCAUGCUUCGUGUUUGAAGACAGUCCCGAACUACUGGCUACCGCUAUGUACCACUUGCUUACGUUGUGUGCGAUGGAUCGGACAGAGUUGCGUAUCGAGGCCGUCAACAUGUUGUACAACCUGUUGAGGAGCUAUUUCCUUCUAACGAAGCAAAUUCCAUUCGUUGAACGCCAUCGCCAACUGCAAUUCUCACUGACAGAUCUAUUGAACCAGGCACAGAACGAUCCGCAGUUUUUCGCCGAUCACGGAUCUAGCCAGUCGACAAACCAAGCAACUGACCUGCUUUUUACUGAUCUCCCAAACGGCAGCCCUACCAGUCUUGUUGCCAACCCCGUCUUUCAAGCCGCCUACGAUGCAUCUGCUCUGAGUUUUCCGGACAAAAUUUUCCGACUGGUACAAGAUUUACGGAUGUUGUCCGAGAAAUCACUGCUACUCUACUCGAAUUUAAAUGCUCAACAUAGUGCGAUUGAGGGCAUUUCCGAACGACUUUUCCCUGUCAUCGACGUUCUAUUUGCAAUAGCUGAGAGGUGCCGUGCCUUGCCGGAACUCCGUGUUUUCUGGUUGAUACAGAUGGCUGAGCAGCAUUAUGGGAUGUCAGGGUUCGAUGAAGCUGCCCAAUGUCUGACUCACGCUGCUGCGAUCAUUGCGGAACACUUGGUCAAUCGGAACCAGCUCCCAGACGGUUUCCCCACAUUUGGAUGUGCUGAUAUUUCGGAAGCUGUUGAGAACGUAAACGUUCUGGAGGAAAGUUGUGUCUGUGGUCCACUUGGGAGUGGCGUGAUUGAGCCUUGCUGCCCUUCGCCUGCUUGGGUCCCUGAGCUUGUCGGUCCGGUAAACACGUUGGACACAUCUUGGUACUUUUCUCCCGCAGGCUGGGCAGGCCUUGUUACCUGGGCAGCAGAGUCAUUUGCCAAAGCAGGACGUCAUGAGCUGGUUCCACGACUAUAUGCCAAACUAGUUCCUGUGCUGGAAGCCCUCAAUCAGUACUCGCAGUUAAAUGUGAUUCAUGGAAAAAUCAAAGAGGCGUACACCACACUUGAGCAACACCAGCGGAAAAGACGUCUCUUCAGUUCCUAUUUCCGUAUUGGAUUUUACGGUGCGCUGUUCGGUACUAACGAUGGAACCGAGUACAUUUAUAGGGAACCCCCGUUAACCAAGUUACCGGACAUUACUUUGCGAAUCAGAGACUACUAUGCCAAAAAGUUUGGUGAGGAGCAGGUGGUUGUGUUAAAGGACGCAAACGUUGUUGAUACCAGUACACUGGAUCCAGACAAAGUGUAUUUACAAAUUACCUAUGUGGAACCCCACUUUGAUGAACACGAACUUCGCCAGAGAUCCACAGAAGCACAGCGCAACUACAUGCUGAAGCGUUUCGUCUACUCAAUGCCAUUCACACCUCGGAAGGGAGUGGCCCAUGGUUCGCUUGCAGAACAGUACCAGCGUAAAGUCAUCCUUACCACAGAACGCAAUUUUCCUUAUGUGAAAUCUCGCCUGACCGUUGUCGCUUGUGAACAUCGGAUUCUAUCGCCAAUCGAAGUUGCCCAUCUGGAUGUGAUUCGCCGCGUGCAACAGCUCGAGGAAGCGUUGAAUUCCAACCCGAUUGAUAUAAAAUUCCUCCAGAUGAUUCUGCAGGGAUGUGUGGGCGCCGCAGUGAAUCAAGGACCAGUGGAGGUCGCCACAACGUUUUUAUCAGAGAAGGAAACAGACCCUGCGGAGCCGUUUGAGCUACCACAGUCGUCCACCAUACUCACGCACCAGGCUUAUAUCGAUGCACAGGAGAGUUUGCGGUUGUCUUUCCGACGGAUGUUGGACAACUCCUAUCGUGCUCUAUGUAUAAAUCGUGAACUAAUUGGACCGGAUCAAGUGGAAUAUCAGCAAGCAUUGGAAGAACAGUAUGAGAACGUAAAACGAAAAAUGGCUCAUUUAAUUCGUCUUCCAGUUGAAACUGAGACGGCAGCGCCGGAGCCAGCACAACCGGAUGUGCCGGACACAAAUGUGGUCGAUGAAGCAGACCAACCUACCGAAUAAGCACAGGUAGUUGGCGGCAAUUGGGCUUCUUGAAGCGCUCGUUCAAUUUUGCUGCAAUCCUACGUGUACACAUAAUAACGCCCAUCAAUUUUCACGAAAGCAGCCGAUUUCUUUCGUUUAUUUUUUCUGCAUUUGUCCUCUUAGCACAUGUCUUUUUCCUGCUCACCUGCUUGAUGCUGUGACUUUCACAUUUUGCACCAGUUUUCUAUAUAUUUCCUAUUUUUUCUACCAUGCA